GUAGCAGAAUUGCAGUGCAUUGGACUGUACAGAGCAGAGCAGAGUAGCAUCCACACUGUCUAUGAGGGUGGGGUCCGGCUGCACUGGGAGCAAAACACACAGCCAGACAGAGGAAGAGAAAGGAAUAAGGAGAGAAGAGGAGGGAGAGCUAGCACCAGAAGAGGAACACAACAAGGGAUGAAAGGAGACACCCCUGUGAACAGCACCAUGAGUGUCGGUCAGGCCAGGAAGCUGGUGGAACAGCUGAAGAUCGAAGCCAGCUUUUGUAGGAUCAAGGUGUCCAAGGCAGCUGCGGAUUUGAUGGCCUACUGUGAUGCCCAUGCCUGUGAGGACCCCCUCAUCACCCCUGUGCCCACCUCAGAAAACCCGUUCAGGGAGAAAAAGUUCUUCUGUGCCCUCCUCUGAGCACAACCCAGGAAGAUUUGGAAUUAGCCUCAUUUAGAUGAUUCUGAUUUGUGUACACACAGCACACACACACACACACACAUAUACACACAGAAUAUAACACAAAAUAUCACGUGUGAUAGUUUUUAAAUUUGUGGCUGUAAAAGUGGCUCCAGAAUUUCAUUGUUUGACAGUGGCCAAGGCUAAGCAUUCCUAACCUUGUUCGUUUGAGGAUAUUUCAUGUUAUUUUCUGUGUUCUAUACGAGAUGCUGUGUCUCUAUUACGGGGCUGUGCAGUGGAGAGAAAGUAAUUACUAAAUGAUGUAAGGCAAACACAUACACAUGCAAGCACAUGAUUUUUCUAACCAAUGACAAGGAAAUAGGUGAUGGGUUGGAUGUUUUAAUUAUUUCAAUUUUUAUUACACACUUAAGUAACAUCCUUUGCGUUACGGAGUUUGUCACUCACAUGAUAUACAAUUGUGAUUUAUAAAUUCUGUAUAUUUUGGGUUUUCUUGUUUUAAAGUACCCUUUGAAAUGACUCUGUAUGCUUGUGGAUUUUGGCAAAGGGGUAAGAGUUUUGGACAUAUUGGCCUAGUGGAAUGCACAGACCUACACAUAAUCAUCUGAAAAAUGUACCGAGGUUUGCAAAAUGGAAACGGAUUUGAAGAAUCCUGGAUGCAGUAUGGAUUUCAGUUCUAUCGGUUUGUUAUUCGAAUUCCCAUUGUCUGAAUAGUAUCAGAUGACUGUUAAGAGUCCAACCAAAAAGAAACUGCAGUCAUAAAACCUUUUUCGUGGUCCAACCUGGGGGUUUACAAAAAUACUGCAUACAGAAUCAAAAAUAAAAGAAAAUGCUACGAAGACUG